AUGUACAACAAUCAUGAAAUACUUGAGAGUGUUAUUUCAAAAGGUGCUGAAGUUGAAAUUAAAGAUAAGGAUGGAAGAACUCCUCUACAUUAUGCAGCAGAAUUCAAUUCCACAGAAUGCGUAAAAAUUUUAAUUGAUAACAAAUGUGAUGUCAAUUGUGUUGAUGUCGAUGAUUUAACUCCUCUUCAUCUUGCAGCAAUGAGGAACUGUGCUGGAUCUGCUCAAUUAUUACUAGAAAAAGGAGCAAAAGUUAAUGCUGUUAACAAAUAUCAAAAUACACCUCUUCAUUUCGCUGCAAAGCACAAUAGAGUUGAAGUUUCAAAGAUUUUGCUAAAGAAUGGAGCAGAUCCUAAACUGAAGGCCCAAGAUGGUCUAACUCCUGCUCAAUAUGCUGAAUUAAAUGGACAUUUCGAAACAUAUCAAGUUAUAUCUGAAACAAAAACAUGCAGAAUUGCAUAA